UAAUAUGUGACUUCUUGUCUUAACAGAGCUUUGAGAUGCCACAUGAUGUUGUUGCUUCAGAAGAUAAAACAAUAUUUAUUGGAGAUGUUCAUGCCAGAGCAGUGUGGAAGUUUGCAUCCACAGAAAAAAUGGAACAUCGGUCAGUUAAAAAGGCUGGUAUUGAGGUACAGGAAAUAAAAGAAUCAGAAACACUUGUGGAAGCCAGAUUGAAAAACAACCCGGAAUCAACAGAUCCUCUAAAUAAGCAGGAAAAACAACAUUUGGUUCGACAGGCCAGCACUGGAGUUUCCUUUGUUCUUAUUACAACUCUUCUAAUUAUCCCUGUUGUUGUCCUGCUGGCAAUUUUAGUAUUUAUUCAGUGGAGGAAGACAACUGUCUAUGGAGCUGAUGGCGAACACAAACUUGAUUCAAGUUCAGGCAGAAUUUUAGGCAGACUUAGGGGAAAAAGUGGUGGUGGCCUUAACCUUGGGAACUUCUUUGCAAGUCACAAAGGCUACAGCCGAAAAGGGUUUGACCGACUGAGCACUGAAGGAAGUGAUCAAGAAAAAGAUGAAGAUGAUGGCACAGAUUCAGAGGAAGAGUGUUCAGUGCCUACACCCCCACCAGCACCUUCGUCAUCCUGAAAACAGCCUUUGAGUUCUCCAUUACAUGAUUCAACCCAGAAUGUCAGAUUCCAUUUCCCUUAAGCACGAUUAAAAUUUUGUGUAUUUAAUUGUACACUGUACUAGUCUGUGUGGGGCUGUAAACUGUUUCCUUUAAUUUUUGUUUGGCUUUAGUUCUGUUUUUUAAGUGGAUGAGUGUAUGGAAGUUCCAUAUCAGUGCCAUUGUUUUUUAUGUGAACAUCUAAAUAAAGCAAAGUCUUCUAAGUGCAGCACUGAUUUAAAGCAGUAGUAUAUUCUCAUCUGAAUUUGGGGAUCUUGUAAAUAAGUAAGUCUUACUAUCUGCUUCAAAAUGUUUUUCCCAUAAUUAUUCAGUUGCCAAUUUCUGUUUUGUGCCUUUCCUCUUCAAUGUCCUUAACCUGUUGCAGUACAGAGAAAAUGCAGUGCCACAAGACAAUGAAGCUGCUAAAUCUUCUUCUAUUUUUUUAAAAUCACUAACAUUAUAUUGCAUUGAAGGAAAGAAAAAUGUCUCUAUUUAAUUUUUUUUCUUUUUCCUAACUUGAUGUAUUUCUGGGAUGUUUUAUAUUUAGAUGGUAUCACUGUUAGAACACUAUUUUCAGAAGCUGAAUGUAAUUUGUGUAAUAAAGUAUUCGCAGAGCA